UGGUGCUCGCUGUCCGUCAGCAGCCUCCCUUACAAUCUUUUUUCCUCUCUCUCCCUUUUUUCCCCCCUUGCCUUCUUCUUCACUGAAGCCUAGGGGAGCCAGUAAAGAUUAAAUGUGCUUUCUCAAAGGCAGCCACUUCAUGCUGCUAUGUCGAAAGGGCCAUUAUUAUUAUUAUUUCUAAUAGUAAAAGGGAAAGGGAGAAAGGUUGAGAGAGAGAGAGAGAAGCUAGGUAUGAUGAUGACGGACUAGCCUUUCUGAGAGGAAAAGGAAAGGGGAAGGGAGAGAAAAAGGAGAGACCCUGAGCUGAACGAAGGAUUGUGCCUGAGAAGAACCUAUGGAGGCUUGGAAUAAAAGAAGAAAAAGAAAAGAAAAGAGAGAAAGAAAGGAGAGAAGAAAAAUUGCAAAAAAGCGUCAUCUUCCCAUUCCCUGGCCCUCCCUUUCGUUUCAUUUUUGGAGGCGUCGCAGGAAAGCUCAGCUUUCAGUCCGAUGGGGAGAAGCGACUAUCAGCAUAAACGACAGAGUUACAGUCUCUAGAUCUGGUGUAUCGCUUCCUGCCCCCGCCUCCCCUCCCCGCCCCGGUUCUGCGUCCUCUGUUGAAACACCUCGCCCAGCCCCGCGCCCUGCGAGCUCGCAGUGCCCCCCCUCGCUCGGAUGCUGCUCCGGGAGGCCGUGCGGCCCGGCUCCACGUCCAACGGUUGUGUUGAUGUUCCUUUCAGCUGAUCCUAUAGCCCCCCUUCUCAGGAAUGUCUCCGCAGUGAAAAGACAGACUGCAGAGAUUGCUAUAUUCAUGGAACCUCAAGCCAGCUAUGAAGUUGCAACAAAGAAAGUGAUCACCUGAAGACAUCUCUCCUGCUAAGCAACACACUCAGAGGGUGCAGUUUCAGCCAGUAGAACUCUCAGAACAAGAGGCAAUCUUUUCAAGAGACAGAAAAACUUAAUAAUGACAUCUAGAUUUCUAAUGAGCCAAGAACUUUCCCUUCCUCGUGUGUAUUCCUCUGUUUGUAUUUAAAUUCAUGUGACAUUUAUUUUUUUCCUAGUACAGAUAUGCUUCUUAAUGCACUAGUUUUAAAAUCUAAAAUUGCACAAAUAUGUUAACACUUUAAGAAACAAAAUUAAUGCUAUAAGAAGAAUGAUUUUUAGCCACACAAAGAGUUUGAUCUCAACAGUGACCUAAAGAAUAAAAAGUACUUUUGAAAUAACAAAGAAGUCAGAGGCAAUUUACAGGAUAAAGCAGUGGUAGAAACUCAUACUGCAACAUAGAAAUACAUUUUUUGACCUGACACUAACCAAUCAACCAUUGUUUUUAUCAAGCAAGCUUUGUUCCGUGAGAUAUGGUCACUGUUUCUAAAGAGCUUAAAUCUAGUAUACAGAAUUAUGUGAACUUUUGAAAGAUAAGUAAUAGAUCAGGUCAGUAGAUGUUAAGAGCAAAAACAGAACAGAACAAAACACGAUGUAAACAAUGAGCUCAGAGAGGUUCUCUGUAAGGUAGGUAAAAUCAGCUUAUUUAAGGAAGAAAUCUCACAAAAGAGAAAAAUAUGAGAUGAAUCUUGAAGGAUGCUAAAAAUUUAGAUAAAUGGGAAGAAGGAAAAAAUAAGGUCCUUUAGGUGGAUGUCAUACAAAGCCAUAGAGGAAGAAAUCCACAUGGUGAGUUUAGGCAAUUAUGAAUACACACGUCUUUACCCCGGACGUUCAGUACCUCUCUGAAUAUAUCUGGUAAAGACUUUGCACAUACACCUCCCCUUUCUCACCCCAGCUGUCACCUAGAAUUAUAAUCAUAUUUCUUUGCCAUUAAAGCAAGUGAUGAUGAUUGGUGAUAAUCUGGAGAAUUUGUGAUUUUUCUGUAAACCUAAUAAUAAUCAGUAUUUCCUGAGUUCUCACUAUACAUUGAGCAUUUUGCAUAAUAACUCACUUAAGCCUCACAACAACUAUGCAAGAUGUAUAUUAUUACUUCCAUUUUACUGGCAAGAAAACUGAGGUUUAAUGAGGCUAAGUGACUUGCCAAAGUGCCACAUACAGUGUUCACAUUCGGGAUUGCAAUUACGAAGCUCAUGAUCUAAAGCACUGUCAUAAUGUUGUGAUCAGCGUCACAAUGUCACCACGAUUUUCUAUAUUCCUUGAUAUUUUUCUAUGAUGAACAAAUAGCUAUUUCAUUUAAUUAUUACUUCAAACUUUUCAGUUUUCUGAUUAAAUUACACUGCAGUGAUAGAAUACAUUUUUAUUACAGAUAUUUUUAAAAGUGAGGAAUAGAGCUUGUCAACAUUUUAGGCAUGCUUAUUUCCAGACUUUGAUAAGAUUGUUCACUUUGGUUUGCAUGAAAUCUCAAAUUCUUGAGAAUAAUAAUAAAAAAAUGGCAGGGAAGGAGAGAGAGCUUAAGGCACCUAUUGCAAUAUCCUUUGUUACAGAUGACAUAAAUCUAUAGCCCAUACAUUUAGAGUGAAUUAAAGAAGAUCACACAUUUGGGUGUGGCAGAGCAAGAACCAGAAAACAGGUUCACCAGUGACUCUCCACUCUGCUUAAAUGAAAUAUGAACUUGAACUUGGUCAAUGGCAGCAUUCUAUCUAGGUAACCAGGAAGCUUCAUGCCUAGUGGACUGUUUCAGUUCUGUGCUUCCCAUCUUGAUGUGAAAAAUCACUAUCUCUGAACCAACAUCUUUAGGUCCAGAUAUUGCCAAUGGUCCAUCCCCAAAGAACACAUAAUGGUUGAAGUUUUAUGUGUACAAUGUCUUCAGUGAUAUUCUUAAGUUAUUUGGAAUUCUUAGUUCACUUACACAAAUCAGAUCUUCUAAUGAGCAUCUUCUUAACCAACUUUAUGCACUGUAUAUAUUUGUAAGUGCUUCUGCAUGAAUGUCUAUACAUGCCUGUUUCAAUAGUAUGUAUGUUUUUAAAAAAUAUUAAGUCAUUUGCUAUUAUAAUCCUCACUUAUUCGUAUAACUAACUUAAGAGUACCUUGGCCAUAAAAGGCUAGAACUAAGGAAAUCUCACUGCUUUUUCCAGCCCCUUUGCAUUUGAUUGGCAUUUAAUAAUGGUUAAUAAAGUGGUUAGCUGGAUAACAUAAAGGUUCAAAAUGCAGUUCUGUCUUGAAGUAGUCAGUUAAGCGGGGUCCACCUAUGCACCAACUUCUAAAUGUGUGGAAGUCUCUGAAUGUUUGACUGUUGUAAAUUUCCACUUAGGUAUCUGGCAUUGUCAGAUUUAGAUCUCUUUACAGCUCUGGUUGUCCUGUUUUCAGAAUGAUUGUUGACUGUAUCUCUUACAUAGUUCUCAUUAAGUGAGCUCAUAAAUAAACAGGGUUGUUUAAAGAGUAGCCAAGCACAAAGUGUGACUUUGUUGACAUUUUAUAAGACUCUGUCAUAUGUCCCAAACCCCCAAUAAAAGCAAUAUUGCAUCAUCUGUG